CGUUGCUGUGGCAACCGCAGUAAACGGAGUCCUUGGGCAGGUGUGACUAGAAACCAGCUGCUGUAGUGAACACCUCUGACCCUGAGUCCAGUUGGUGCCAUCUACACUCUCCUAGCUGUGUGGCCUUCUGCUGGAGCCACACACAAUUCUCAGAGCUUUACUUCUUUGACUCUAAGAUAUGAAGGAGCCAGAUGAUCAAGACACUGAUGGGGAAAGAUCAGGAUCCAGGAGUGAUGGAAGGCUACCUUCUAUUUUGAAAGCCUCUGAAGACACCACAGAUGACGUGAUUACUGAUGGGGAAGAGUCGUAUUUGGAUGAUGACUUGGAUUUGGAAGACAUGGAAGAAAGCUCCCAUUCAUCUCAAGAGUACUUCCAGACUCCUGAACCUUCCCAGGAGCCUCCUGUUGAAGUUCAGGAAGAGCCACAAGUCGAUGUAAAGAAGAAGCUCUCAGAGACCUUCUAUUACAACUACCUGGAGCUUAUUUCCAUGCCGCAUGUGACUUCAGAAGACAGGAUCCCGCUUUAUUUUUUCAUCCUCAACCAUUCUUUUGGUUAUGACUGCAGAAAGCGAGCCAACCUACAACUUCUGGACAGCAACACUUUGUUGUACAUUGCUGGGAACCAAAUGGUCCUGUUGGAUUUUAAAAGCAAGAUACAAAUAUACCUGCAGAGUAGCAGUGGCCAAGGGAUUGGUGCUAUUGGGGUCCAUCCAAAUAAAACUUACUUCGCAGUUGCCGAAAAAGGAAGUUUCCCAAAGAUUAUCAUCUAUGAGUAUCCUUCUCUGAAACCUUACAGAAUCUUGCAAGAGGGGACAGAGAAGGCCUAUGCUUAUGUAGACUUUAACAACGAGGGGAACUUGCUGGCUUCUGUUGGCUGUCAUCCUGAUUACACAAUAACCAUCUGGGACUGGAAAGAAGAGCAGCCCAUACUGAGGACAAAAGCAUUUUCUCAGGAUGUCUUUAAGGUCACUUUCAAUCCUGAUAAUGAUGAACAGUUAACUACAUCAGGAUCCGGCCACAUCAAGUUCUGGGAGAUGGCUUUUACAUUCACUGGUCUCAAGCUGCAAGGAUCACUGGGGCGAUUUGGCAAAACGUCCACUACUGACAUAGAGGGCUAUGCGGAGCUUCCAGAUGGGAAGGUUCUCUCAGGGUCCGAAUGGGGCAACCUGUUGCUUUGGGAAGGCAGCCUCAUCAAGGUGGAACUCUGUCGCACCGGCAUGAAGUCUUGUCACAACGGUUCCAUUAACCAGAUAAUGCUGGAUGAGGGGGAAGUAAUCACUGCCGGGUCAGACGGCAGUGUUAGGAUAUGGGACUUUGAGACAAUCGACACUGCUGAUGUUAUAGAUGAUACUGGAUUGUUGGAGAUAGAGCCUAUUAAUGAACUUCACAUAGACAAGAGUGUCAACCUCUUCUCAAUGAUCAAGAUGAAUGAAGUUGGAAAUAACUUUUGGCUGGCUCAGGAUGCCAAUGGAGCCAUAUGGAAGCUUGACCUUAGCUUUUCAAAUAUUACCCAGGAUCCAGAAUGCCUCUUCUCUUUCCACUCUGGACCCAUUGAAGCAUUGGCUGUUUCUCCUCUCACUUAUCUAAUGGCCACAACCGCCUUGGACUGUUCUGUUCGUGUCUAUGAUUUUGCUAGUAAAAUCCCUUUGGUUCACAUGAAAUUCAAACAAGGUGGCACAUCCCUCAUUUGGGCACCCCGAACAGUAAGCCUUUCUGCAGCACAGAUCGUAGUAGGAUUCCAAGAUGGGGUUGUCCGAAUUCUUGAACUUUUUGAUCCAAAAGGACUUACAGUUUUUGCAGGACGGAAGAAAAUCUUAGACGCUGAGUUACAUUUGAAAUAUGUCUUCAAACCCCAUACUGAAGAAGUUACGGCUUUAGCUUAUGAACGCAACGGGGAGAUCUUAGCCACAGGGAGUAAAGACAAGACUGUCUUCUUUUUCGAUGUGGAGAAGGAAUAUAAGCCUAUUGGUUUUUUUAACACCCCUGGGCCCAUUUGCCAGUUGAUGUGGUCUCCAGCCAAUCAUCCUGAAAACACUUUAUUGAUCAUCUGUGAGAACGGAUAUAUUCUUGAAUGUCUAUGCCCAACCUUUAAUGACGUAGAUGAUGAGAAUGUUGUCACGUUUGCAAUCCCGACCAUGUUACUCCGAUGCUUCCAUUUCACAAGUGUCAAAUCUAAGAUUUUGAGAUUUAUGGAAGUACAAAGGAGAGAAGAACAAAAGAUGCUGAAGGAGAAGGAAAGGGAAGAAAGGAGGAGGAAGCUAGCAGAAGAGAGGGAAGUCUUUGGAGAGGAGGAAAUACCGGAGGAGGAGGAGGCCAGUGAGGAAGAGGAGGAGGAGGUGGAGGAGCCACUGCCUGAGAUCUUCAUGCCACCAACACCCUCUCCUAUCCUGUGUGGCUUUUACUCAGCACCAGGGAGUUUCUGGGUGUCGAUGGGCAACUAUGAUGCUGGUUUUCUCUAUCACUGUCAGUUUCCGGCAUAUGUCCAAGGCAGUGAUUUCCAAAAACAGGAAAAUGAACCAUUCGAUUUCCGAGUUCUUGAGGGUACAGAAGACAAUCCCAUCACAACGAUCACUUUCAGUAAUGACCAAACUGUGAUGUUCUGUGGAAUGAGAAAUGGAGCAAUUCGAGCGUAUGUUUUAAGUGAGAACGACCCCUUCCUGAUCAGUUUGAAGGACUACUGGCAUUUCAAUGUGCAUGACAAUAAUUAUGGAUCUGUUAAAAGUAUCUGUUCUAGUUUUGAUGACCAGUAUUUGCUGACUGCUGGAGAAGAUAGUAAUAUCUUCGUUUUUGACAUUUUUUCUGAAUUUAUUGCCCAAAAGGAGAACAAAGCCAUAGUGCCACUUCCCAGGCCUGGGAUUGAGUUGGAGGCCCCUCCAGAAGACAUUGAAGAUCCCAAAGCCUACAGCAUUGAGAAUGCCAGGAAGAAAAGAGAGCAUGAUAGGUUAAUGAAGAAAGUAGAAGAACUAAAAGCUCACAAGAGAGAACAAAUCAAAAUUUUGAGGAAUGAAUUUUGGAAGCUGUUAGCGCUGAAUAAAGAGUUGCCAGCCCAUAUGCAGUUUCAACGGACGGAUUUCAAUAUUGAUGCCAAAAUUCACGCUGAGAUCCACAAGAAAGCAAGUUUGAAAAUGGAACAAGUGGAAAAGGAACUAGCUUGGGAAAAACAGAAACAUGAGCUCGGCCUGAAGAAGCUCCAGGACAGAUUUCGUGAACCCUUGGAAAGUGACACCAUCGUGGUUUAUGCCAUCCAGAGUGACCACCAGAUAGCCUCCUAUCGGCUGGUGAAGCCCUCUAAAUAUUCCAAGUUGAAACGUCCAAGUCAGUCUGAGAGAAGACCCAGCAAACUGGAGAGGUUCGAAAAGGAAGGGCCCAGCAAGAAGGAGAGCCAAAGAGAUACAGGUGGAAGUAUUAGCCUACAAGAAGAAUCAGUGUUGGAAAAAGAGAAGAAAUCUCGGCCUAGAACUUUAAGUGAAAUUAUGGUAGAAAACCAAAUUGAGAAAACAAACAAACUCAUACAACAAGCUGAACGGGCUCAACUUAAGAUUCUGCAGCGCAAAAAGGAAUGGGAGGAGCUUUACAAGAGCAAGCCUGAUGAUGACUAUGAAGAUCCCAAAGAUGUUCAGGCCAUCAAAGAAGCCCAAACAUAUAUGGGGGAUUUCAAUCUGAAGACAGCCCCAGACUACAAGAUACCUGAGCACAUGAGGAUUAAUGCGGCCAAGAAGGAGGAGGAGCUGGGGUUCCUGGACUCGAUGGCCCAUGGAAAGAAGAGGUACAUGAACAAGUGCAUCCUUUCCCUUCGAGAUCACAAGCUGGCCGUCAUUGAGGAAAUCCAGUGCCUGGUACAAGAACUGAAGAACAUUCAGUCUUCCAUCCCCGCGUCCAAGCACCUGCCCAUCCCCCAGGUCCCGCAGAUCUAUCCAGAAGAAGUCCCCGAAAGGAGAUUCCAGUACGAUGAGGAAACGCUCUUGAGAUUUAAGAGAAAGCAGAAGAAACGGCAGGAUGUGAAGAGCAGCAGCAAGCAGUCGGGAUCCGGGGGCUCAGCCGGAGGAGGGCUAGGGUUCCUCAAACUGUCCUCGGGAAAGGAGGGAGACCUGACAACCAGAGACUCCCUGUCUCGGUCGUCCAAGGCAUCAGCGUUCCUGGAGCUUCCGAAGCAGACCGAGUUUGAGAAGGCAGAGCCAAGCGAAGUGGAGCUGGAGAUUAUGAAGAGAGACGAGGUUAAACACUUGUACAUGCAACAGUUUCUGUGCAACAGGAUCAAAGAACUUACUGUCACUUUCGAUGCAGAACUCCAUCUUCUGAGACAUCAAAAGCUGAAGCUAGAUACUAAGAUGAAGUUAUCUGACCUUCACCAUGUCACGUUAUUUCAAGAAAUGCUUCUCCUCAAGAAUUUUGAAAAACAGGAAAAUAUUCUUCAAGAGAGAGUGAAUUCCUUAGACAAAGAGGAGCAAGACAUGCAAUGGAAAAUAAACGAAACUCUUAAGGAGAUGGAAGAGAAAAAGAAUGAAAUCACCAAACUCCAAGAACAGGAAAAGGCGCUCUACGCUGGCUUCCAGGCAGCCCUGGGAGAAAACAAUAAGUUUGCCAACUUCCUCAUGAAGGUCCUGAAGAAGAAGAUCAAACGGGUGAAGAAGAAGGAAGUUGAGGGAGACGCAGACGAGGAUGAAGAGAGCGAGGAGUCCAGUGAAGAGGAGUCCAGCCUGGAGAGUGACGAGGACGCGUCCGGAUCUGAAGAUGAUGUUUUCGAUGAUUCUAUCUGCCCGACGAAUUGUGAUGUAAGUCUGUUUGAACUGGCCCUCCAACUCCGAGAGAAAAGACUGGACAUUGAAGAAGCCUUGGUUGAAGAAAAGAAAAUUGUUGAUAACCUGAAAAAAGAAUAUGAUACAUUCUCCAAAAAGGUAAAAGUUGUGGCAACCAAUCUGAAUGCAGCCGAGGAGGCCCUGGAGGCUUAUCAGCGAGAGAAACAGCAGAGGCUGAACGAGCUGUUGGUCGUCAUCCCUCUGAAGCUCCACCAGAUAGAGUAUGUGGUAUUUGGGGAGGUUCCUGAAGACCUUUCUGGGACCUUGGUCUUCUCCAACCACUCCCUCGAUCGGCUGCAACAGCGAAUCAAACAGCUCCAGGAGGAAAACGUCAAGCAGCAGAAACUGAACAAAGAAUGCAGGGAGAGGCGGAAGGUGCUCAUCCGGGAAAAGAGAGAGAUGGCGAAAACCAUCAGCAAAAUGGAAGAAACUGUCCGGGAGCUAAUGAUCAGCAAGUUUGGCCGCGUGAUCGAUCUGGAAGCCCUUCAGACCCUUUCUGUUAACACAACCCUCGAAGAACUGAAGAUCAGAAAGCUUCGGAAGGAGCUCUCCAAUGCAAAGGAGCUAAGGAUGUGGGAGGAAAAGAUUGCUCAAGUGCGCUGGGAUCUGAUGAUGAAGACAAAGGAACACACCAAAAAGCUUCACCAGAUGAACGACCUGUGCCUGGAGAAGAAGAAACUUGAUUCCAGGUUGAACACACUCCAGAACCAGCAGGGAAAUGCCUUCCAAGGCCCUCGGAAAGCAGAUAUAGUGGCGAAGCAGAAGGUCACCGAACUGGUCCAAGCCCAGGCAGAAAAGAUCGUGGCGUUGAAGGAAGAGAUUGCGCUUUUGCGGAAGAAGGGGGGGCUUAUCCUUCCUCCCAUCACACCCAUGCAAGAGAACGAAAUGAAUUCCAUGGACGCUUAGGAUGGCUGUCUUCCCAUUUCCACCCAAGAGGUCCAGUGGAAUUCACCAAUCUACUUCCCCAUCAUCCACAACAAUUCUCUUGCUUUAAAGUGAACCGUAGUGUGAACUUAAAAUAAGGAUCCUGCUCUGUGACUUAACAAUAUUUCCCCAGGUUAGACAUCAUUGUGACAGUGACCUGUACUUAUAUGACUGUGCUGAGGCAAGUUAGAUCUUUUCACCCUAAAUUGAAUAUGAAGAAGGCUGAAUCUCAUAGUUGCAAGAAAGCAGCUGUUAAAUGGGUUUUCAGAAAAAUAAGCUGUUUCUCUGGUAUUCUGAAUAUGUAGCCUUUGGCAAGAAAAACUAUUAUUCAGCAACCCAUGAGGAAACUUCCUUUUCUUAGUCCUUGGAUCUUUAGAAAAUAAACUGUUUGUGUUAAAUAGUCUGUGAAGGACCUAAGAGAGCGAAAGCAAACCAUCCUGCCAAUAAUAACUUAGAAUUAGAAAUGCAAAU